AUGUUUUUAAAUUUUGUUUAUUUAUUUAUGGCUGUGCUGGGUCUUUGCUGCUAUGCGGGCUUUUCUCUAAGUAUGGAGAGCUGGAGCUACUCUCUAGGGUGUGUGGGCUCAGUAGCUGUGGUUCGUGGGCUUAGUUGCUCCAUGGCAUGUGGGGUCUUCAUGGAUCUUCCUGGAUCAGGGAUAGAACCUGUGCCUCCUGCAUGGGCUGGCAGAUUCUUUACCCCUGAGCCACCAGGGAAGCCCAAUGGGGUGCUAUUUUUUUUGUGUUUUUUUAGUUCUACCACUUUAUUGCUAUCAACCCAUCUCCCUCCACCCUCGUGCUCACAUGCUCAGUCAUGUAAUCCCAUGGACUUCAGACUGCCAGACUCCUCUGUCCAUGGACUUUUCUAG